AUGGUUUAUUUACACAACUCCCAAUCACAUUACGUUGAUAAUAUUAAGGAAACCACAAAGACAUAUUAUAACAAUGCAUUGGAUUAUAUAGGUACACCUGAUGCAAAUUCUACUGUAGGAAACUUGUUGAAUUGGGCAUCCAGUAACAACAACAAUGAUAAUAAUAAUAAUGGUAAUAGUCCGGCAUGGAUUCCUGAGGGCAAUGACCUGGAAACCAUGAAUGAAUUAAUUUCAAAAUUGAACGAUCCUUUGUUUCAAGAUUUUGAAUCAUUUACAGACGAUGACUAUAAAAAUAUCUUCACAGACCGUCAAAUUCUUUAUGAUGACGUCGUUAAGAAUAGUCAGGUUUCCGAACCCAAAGUGGAUAAUUUAGUUUAUAAAGAUGAUGAUUUGGCUGGUCAGGCAAAGGCUACCAUUUUAAGUUUAGUUAGAAAUGAAGAUCAAAAGGAAAUCAUUUCCGCUAUUAGACAGAUGGAAGAUCAUUUUAAUAAGAAUUUUAAUUAUCCAUAUACUUUUCUAAAUGAUGAUGAAUUUACUGAAGAAUUUAAAGAAGCUAUUAAAGAGGUUGUUCCAACAGAUCGUAUUUUACAAUUUGGUAGGAUUGAAAGUGAAAUUUGGGACAGACCAAGUAGUAUAGAUGAUGAAAAGUACCAACAAUGUAUAGAAAAAUUAGAUCAAGAAGAAGUUCAAUAUGUCAAGAAGGAAUCAUAUCAUAAUAUGUGUAGAUUUUAUUCCAAAAAUUUCUAUAAACACCCACUCCUACAAGAUUAUAAAUAUACUUGGAGAUUAGAACCAGGUAUUAACUUCUAUUGUGACAUCAAUUAUGAUGUUUUCCAAUUCAUGGAACUGAAUAAUAAAAUUUAUGGUUUUGUAUUAAACCUUUAUGAUAGUCCAGAAUCAAUUAGAUCAUUAUGGACAACAACCAUGGAAUUUAUUAAUUCAAAUCCAGAGUACUUAAAUUCAAAUGGUGCUUUUGAAUGGUUAAAAGAUAAUGGUCAAAAACCAAAUAAUUUUAAUAUUACUGGCGGUUAUUCCACAUGUCACUUCUGGACUAAUUUCGAAAUUACAAACUUGGAAUUUCUAAGAAGUGAACCAUAUGAAAAAUUUAUGGAUUUCCUGGAUGAAAAAGGUGGAUUUUAUUAUGAAAGAUGGGGAGAUGCUCCUGUCAGAAGUAUUGCGUUAGCAUUAUUUGCUGAUAAGAGAAGGAUCCAUUGGUUUAGAGAUAUAGGUUAUAAUCAUGCACCUUAUACCAAUUGUCCUAAAUGCCCACCAGACUCAAAUAGAUGUAAUGGGAAUUGUAAACCAGGCCAUUUUACCCCUUGGAAAGAGUUGAACAUUGAAAAUUGUCAACCAGUUUGGAUCAAAUAUAUUAUGAAUGAAGAGGAAAGGAAUUUAUAUUGA